AUGAAUCUUGCGACGGCGCCCCGUGAUGAGAAACGACCCUCCGGCUUCGUGCUCAUUGCCUCGACCAUCCCGGCGGCCUCGGCGAGCCUGCACGAGAACCUGAAGGCCGGUCAAGCCGUCAGGAGUUGUGCGGUGGUCCACUUCGAAGGCUCGGCUCUGGUCUUCAGCGACAUCAAGAGCGUCCCGGCUGCCGUCCCGCCCCUACCAAAUGCUGGAGGCGUGCGAGGGGGCCGCCCCUCCUAUGCGGCCAAGCAGGGGGGCGCCGACUUCAUGUUCGACUAUGGGCUCGCCUUCAGCCUGCGGCCUGCUGGAGUUUUUGCUCGGGGCGGAUUCGGCUCGACGUGUAUUGGGCGCACGUGUGGCGGGAAAGGGACGGUCUACGCUCGAGGGAGCGAGCCCUUCAUCUGGGAGCGGAAACGAAACCGGGGUGGGGCACUCAUCUGCCGAGGCGGCGGGGGGCACCUCUUGUGCUUGCGGUGCGUGGGGGCUCAGUACGAGGAGGGGCACCCCUUUGUUUCGAGCGCGAGUGGGUGCCCUGUUCCUCAGCAAGACCUCUUCACCAAGUAUGAAGCGUUCCUCAGCACGAAAGAGCUUCGAGAAGUACGGUCAGGAGAGGAGGCAAGCGAGGAUGCCUACCAGUUCUUUGUCCAGAGGAGGGACCUCGCCCCAUGUCCGUACUGCCGCGAGCCCAAGGCGGCCGCCCUUUUGAGGCGCGGUGUCAAGAGAGCGCUCGAGCAGGGGGCGAGUCCACGGGAGCUCGGCACGGCGGCCCUCCUCUCGGAGCUCAAUCGGAGCAAGAUCCCUCCGAUUGCUGUUGCUCCCGGCCUUUUUCUCCUCCCACAGCUUGACGCCUCCAGUGGGCGCCUUUUGGAAGUCUCUGCAACGGGACGGAGCCUCAGUAACGUUCCACGGCUCGUCAAGGUCACUGACGGCGUGCCUUGGGUGUUGCCGUUGGACCAAGGGGGGUGCGUGGGGGUUGUCCUUCGUGGACUAGACGCGGAGGCUUGGAAAGGGGGGCCGCACCUCCGAGUGAUUGUUGCGAGCAACCCCGGAGAGGAGCCCGUGGUUUGCGUGCUUGGAGGAGAGGUUGCGCACUGUAGCAGUAUCAACUGCACGGGUCCUGAGCGGUGCUGGCACCUGUUGAGUGCGCUCUCAAAGCAAAACUUGCCUCUGAUUGAGCGAGCAACUGAUGAAGGCAGGAGCGAGGCGACUCGGGUUCUUGCUGAGAGACGCGCCGAGAGGGUUGCGCAGCGGGAAGCGGCGGCGAGGAGGCUUUUGGUCUGCAACGACCCCUUUUGCCGACGGCCAGACUCAAAAGCUGCGCGCACGCACCGAAGGACGCUGGAGUCGUGGGAGUGCCUUUCGGCGGCAGCCCUUGACACGGGGCACAGCCACAAGAAGGUCGACACUGUCAUGAGCCUGGGGGGAGGGAGCGUCGCGAGUCUCUGUGAGCGAUGGGGCGAAGAGGGGGUGCGGCAGCGAAAUAAGGCAAAGCACUUUUGCGCGCCUCGACCUUUGGAUGCGUUGUCUCCCUGCGGCCGCCCAUGGCAGGUGGAGAGCAGGAAGGGGGCGUUGACGAUGGCGGGGGCGCGCUACAAGGUCACUACCUAUCGGAGGGUCUGCCGCAUUGCCCCAGGACGGGAGGCCGCUUGCUGUUCGAUUAUGUACGACGGUCAGGAGGACGGCAUCUUCAACUUUUCCGGCAGCAAUCUCUUCUCCCACGGCCUUCUGCUUCGCAACCACUUUGCAGCGGCCCUGGGGGCAGCCCACAGCCUCAACUUUGAGGCCGGUGACAUGGCGACGAGGAGCCUCGAGGGGCCGGACGCUCCUAGGCUUGACGACCGGGUGUUCCACUCGGCCAUGCAGGCCUUCAACGACCUGGCUGCCCGGCCUCGGAUCCAGCACGUCUGCUCGCGCUCGGAUUGCUCCCACCUCUAUGCGAGCGAGGUGAAGGCGGCCGAGGCGGAGGCCCGGGCGGCCGGCAACCCCCUGAGGCCAGAGCAAGCAGAGGGGGCGAGCUCCGAGCUGUCGACCUACGCUUUUGGGCGGGACAAGGUCAUCACCUUCGACGGCACCUUCUUCGCCAACUCCAGCGCGAUGCGGGAUUCUAGCAUGGAGGCGUCCUUGCACAGCAUCUGCGAGCCGGAUCUAAAGGCGCCGAAGGUUGCUGGGGGCUUCACUCCUUUAAGCGUAGGCGGAAUGCGCCCCUCCGACGUGCCACUGGAGGGAAUCGACUGCCCUUGGAAGUAUCGGAACGGGCUGUCCGAGUUGCGGCCGGCCGUGCGGGCGCUGGCGCUUCGUUGGUGCAACUUUCGGAAAGCUCCGGCCCAAGGGAGCAACGCACCUUUGAAGCCGGAGGAGUUUGUUGCUAUGCGGGAGGGGCUUCCGGCAAACGUUGCUGCCCUGAUCGACUUCGUGACGGAGGCGGGAGCGUGUGCGGACCCUGCCACGUGUGCCGUUUGCCAGGCGGUCCCGAGACGACCUUGGAUGCAAAGGAUUUUCAACGAGGGGCCGGGGCCGCUCGACGAGCGUGGGCUGGCGUACCUCUCCAACGACGGCCCCAUGCUGGCGGCCGUCCUUCGCCUCCAUCCAAUUGCCGGCGGACAGUACACCUUUCCAGCAACGCUGCGUCCGCUCGUCCGGGACAUCUACGCCACGAACCUCCUCUGCUUCGAGCCGAGCGCAAACCGGCCGGCGGGCCCCUCGUUGCGAUCGCCUCUAGCCGCCCUCCAUGAUGCAACGGAGCACCUAUGGGCGAUCGAAGGCGAGAAGCUGAGGCUUGCGGCUUUUUGGAUGCAUAGCCGAGCGGCUAAGGCGGUCGGCUUCCGUACCGUUACACUGCCAACUCCCUCCUCUUCGACUUGGAGGUUCGUGAGCCCCAUUGCUACGAAGAGGGCGGCUUCCUUCGAGCGCCGUCGACGACUUACGCGGAGCGGGUCGGCGUUGUCUCGACCUAUUCCUUCCACCCCCUGCUGUAUGGCCGGCCUCGGUUCGUUGAUUGGGAAGGUGAGGAAGGCCGCGGCAGACAGUCGACGGAGGAGCGGCUCAUCCAGCACUGCAGCGCCCCCAACCCACGAUCUUCCAAGGGGCGAGCCGGGAUCUUCAUUGCGUGCUGCCAAGACCGGGCCCUUUGGGUACCACUGGCUCAAGGGCGGCGAGUCGGUCUCGGACCUCGGAACGAUUCUUCUGACACGGUUUCCCUUCAAGAUGCUGCAAGGCAUGACCGUCGUGGAGGACGCUUCGUGCAACGCGCAAGAGUGGUUCCUCAAUCGGGUGCCGCAGCUGGCGAAGUUCAUCCUGUUUGUCGUUGACCGCUUCCAUUCGGGGCCCAUCAGCUGCGCGCCAUCGGGGGCAAAGCGCUACGCUACGCACACGUGUGCUCCGACACUCUUCAUCGACUCUUUCCCGCAACAUGAGCGGACAAUCACGACAGCCUCGGAGGGCAUCAAUUCGGGGUUAAAGAGAUGCGCAGCUAGCCUCCAGCAGAUCACGAGCAUCAAGAGGUUGAUGAGCCGUGUCACAACGAUCCUGGACACAUUGUUCGAGUGA